UGACACAGGCUGAAGAGCAAGACAUUCAACGGAGGAGAGAACAGGCUUUAGUCUAGAGUAGAUUGCACAGUCGGUAUAAAGUAGGACAUGGGCUAUUAGAAGACUACGAGCAGGACAUCUCUGGGACAUUACAGCCCUGGGACAUUCUCCUCUCUCGUUGACACCCUACACAGAUCUCCUCAUCAUCAUCGCCAUACCUGUCAAUUGGAAUUAACUCUGCUGCUUCAGCACAUCUUACCAUGAAGGCUUGCCAGGUUCUGCUCGCACUGUUUACUGUUAUACUGCUGAACCAAGUGAGGUCCCAGGACACGUUGGAGUUCGGAGCCACAAGUUCUGAGAUGUUCGUCCCAUUUGGAGAGGCCGUGUGGCUAAACUGCUCUACUCCCAAACCUGAUCAAACAAUCUAUGAAAGCAGAUUAUACAAGAAUCAGACCAAGAGGGGGCCCAACUGGUUGGCAGUGCAAGUGAUUGUCCGUGACUGGGAGAACUCAACGUGUGUCUGCAUGCUUGACACUAGAAAUGACAUUUUUACAAGUCAUACAAUAGUCAUGGCAUAUGCUCUGCCUUCCGACAUCACUAUAGACCUGCAGACAGAGCUACAGGAAGGAAACGAAUAUAUGAUCAACUGUACGGUUCAUGAAGUUGCUCCUUUGGAGUAUCUUACCAUAUACAUCAGCAGAGGAGGGGAUGUCAUUGGUAGCAAAUCAUAUGAAGGACCACACGUGGUGAACAGAAGGACUGUGAGUCACUUACAUACAUUCACAGCUCAUCUCAGUGACAACCUUAUGAAGUUCUCCUGUGAGGCCAUCCUACAACUUGGGUCAGAGCUCCACACAGUCAAGUCAACGGAGAUAACCGUACAGACCUAUAUGAGGUCCCAGGACACGUUGGAGUUCGGAGCCAUAAGUUCUGAGGUGUUCGUCCCAUUUGGAGAGGCUGUGUGGUUAAACUGCUCUACUCACAAACCUGAUCAAACAAUCUAUGAAAGCAGAUUAUACAAGAAUCAGACCAAGAGGGGGCCCAACUGGUUGGCAGUGCAAGUGAUUGUCCGUGACUGGGAGAACUCAACGUGUGUCUGCAUGCUCAACACUGGAGAUGGCAUUUUUAUAAGUCACUCCAUAGUCAUGUCAUACGCUCUUCCUUCCAACAUCACUAUAGACCUGCAGACUGAGCUACAGGAAGGAAAAGAAUAUACGAUCAACUGUACGGUUCAUGAUGUUGCUCCUUUAGAGUAUCUUACCAUGAACAUCCGCAGAGGAGAGGAUGUCAUUGACACAAAAUCAUAUGAAGGACCACACGUGGUGAAUAGAAGGACUGUGAGUCACUUACAUACAUUGACAGCUUGUCGCAGUGACAACCUUAAGGACUUCUCCUGUGAGGCCGUCCUACGACUGGGGUCAGAGGUCCACACAGUCAAGUCCACGGAGAUAACCGUACAGGCCUACACUCUGCCUUCCGACAUCACUAUAGACCUGCAGACAGAGCUAAAGGAACGAAACGAAUAUACCAUCAACUGUACGGUUCAUGAAGUUGCUCCUUUGGAGUAUCUUACCAUAUACAUCAGCAGAGAAGGGGACGUCAUUGACACUAAAUCAUAUGAAGGACCACACGUGGUGAACAGAAGGACUGUGAGUCACUUACAUACAUUCACAGCUCAUCUCAGUGGCAACCUUAUGAAGUUCUCCUGUGUGGCCAUCCUACGACUUGGGUCAGAGCUCCACACAGUCAAGUCCACGGAGAUAACCGUACAGACCUACAUGAGGUCCCAGGACACGUUGGGGAUCGGAGCCAUAAGUUCUGAGCUGUUUGUCCCAUUGGGAGAGGCUGUGUGGCUAAACUGUUCUACUCCCAAACCUUAGAGAACGUUCUACGAUAGCAGAUUAUACAAGAAGAAGACAGAGAGGGGGCCCAACUGCUUGACAGUGCAAGCGAUUGUCCGUGAGAACUCAACAUGUGUCUGCGUGUUGGACUCUGGAGACAUAUUUUUUACAAGUCAAACCAUAGUUAUGGCGUAUGCCGAUGUCUAAAUAAGAAGUUGCGAUGAAAGCUGGCUAAAUGAACCAACUCCUGCUGCUCCUAGUGCUGAUGUCAUUGCUACACUGGAAGCACCAUAUCCGUCAUAGAUUAUGGUGGCCUUUCAUAUAUAUUGAUCUGUCUUUUUAAUAUCUCUCAGUAAUAUAUAUUUUUCUUAUGAUAUCAGCACUGCCAGAAGCUCCUGUAAUAAGGAUCAAGAAAUGGAUACAAAAUGGGACCUCAUUUACAGCCAAGUAUCUCGUUGCCGAUGGAUAUUCUCUGCUAAAUAUUAGAUAGAAGAUGGUCUUUGAAGACACCUUGUCAGGAGAAAUGAAGGAACUGUAAAGGGCACCGUCCAGCUGUAUACAAUUUUUUUUACAGCUUGGACAAACCAAUCAGAUGUGAAUCUAUCUUAUUCACUUGGUCCAGGGAGAGUAGGGUGACUAUGAAUAUUUAUGGUAAGUUGUUGGGGUCCAGCCAUAUUGAGAAACAGGGUCAAAUUAAACCACACCUUUGGUUUGUCAGAUAUUGAGCAUGUUGAUGGAAAUCACUAUAGACCCCUGAAACCCCAGUGGGCCCUAGUACCGGCCAAUUUGAUUCCAAUCUUGUGUGCAUAUUCUAGGAUUUCUCACAUGGAGAUAUUAGGAGUAUAUUCUCCUGGCAGUAGUUGUAGUAGUAGUCCUCCCUGCUUAGCCUGAUUAUGCUACCGAUGACUGUACAUUUGAAUAAUUGUGGGCCCACCUACAUGAUAGCAGUCCAAGCAUAAAGUCAUCAUAGGAAAGUCUUGCUACACCAAGAUCCCCAGGAAAACCAGAUACACCGGGACAAUUUAGACAAACCCAACCCGACCAAAACACCAACAAAGCGCAGUCUGACAAAAGUUAAAAUCCAAAACAUGAUACACAGAGGCUAAAAGGAAUAUAUCAGUGUCUGGAGAAACGUCAUAGGGAUAGCCCAGAAUUACAGAAUAUCAGUUCACAAACGGAAUACAAACUGGUCCUGUAUCUGGAAAAUCAAUCCCACCUCAGAGACUGGCAGAAGCUUAGCUGGUACAGACUGUAACCACAAACGGGUCAUCGAAUCAAGGCAACACAAACAUAGAAAACAAGCCCAGGGAGAGCAGACUGUACAAAGGGCCAUGCAGGUUGAGGCCCACUUUCUGCUGCGAUGCCCCAAAUACUCAGCAAUGAGAGACACUCACUUCAGGAGACUCUCUGAAUUCGUCUAGGACUUCACCUCCAUAGAGGAUAAGGCAAAACUGUACUGUACAUCUAGCCGAGAGAAAUAAGAGAAUGGCAACAGCAUAACAAUGUGUCAGUGCCUGCCAUAGACUGAGUGGAGCUUGAUAUGUAUGGACUUCCAUAGCCCCUUCCCCAGAUUAGCUCAUAACCCAUCAUCACAAUUUUUACCACUUGGUUUGACAUUGCUAAAGUGUAUUUGGUCCUGUCAAUAAAGCUUCUUUGAAUUUGAAUUGAAUUUAACAGAUAGAUAGAGAUGAGUAAAUUCCUAAAAAAAUUGAUUCGGCCGGUUCCCCGAAUCCCCCGAAAAAUUUGGUUAGAUCCAAAUUUAUUUGUGGCGAAUCGCGCAAAAAAACGGCUAUUUCCUGGCUGCAGAGAGCCUUUAUAGCGGUGUAGAACACUGUGCCCUGCAGUAACACGAAUAGGGAGUCUGCUGGG